UGACAGUAACUAUGGCGGAUGUCAAGGUCGUGCCGACCAUGUCGUCUCAAAAGUACACCGUGGCCGACCAAGGGGACCCCAAUAAACGACCGUCGCUUCUGGUGACCAAAAGCAGCGUGACGGAGGCGGCGGUCAAGCCUCCCAAGGAGCCCCGGAACUACGCGUACAGUGCCUUGUUGGCGUAUAAAGUGGACACGUUCAUCUCGACCCGUCGCGGCCAAACCAUCUCGUUGGUCACGUUUGGCAGUGUGUUUACGCUCAUCAUGGCGGUGAUCAUGUACUCUGUGCACGACGCGGCCGAAGUCGAGUUUGACGAAGCCCUUUGGAACUCGUGGAUGUACAUGACGUUUCCAGGGGCGCAGCGGGAGGCCGAAGGAUGGAGCCACCGUGCAAUUGCCAUGUUUGUGUCGAUCGUGGGCAUUUUGUUUUUUGCAGUGAUUCUUGGGUUUGUCGUCGACAGCGUGCGCGAAAAGAUGGACAGUUUGAAAAAAGGCAAGAGCCAAGUCGUGGAAGAAAACCACACGCUGCUACUGGGGUGGACAGACAAGUCGGUGUACCUCAUUCGCGAGCUGUGUCGGGCCAACGAAAGCGAAAAGGGUGGCGUCGUCGUCGUGUUGGCCGAAAUGGAGAAGGAGUACCUCGAAGCGGAACUGCACUCGCAAAUGGUGGGCGAGGACUUCCUGGGAACCAAAGUCGUGUUUCGAUCGGGGAACCCCCUCUUGAUCAUCGACCUGCUCAAAGUAUCAGCCCAUACAGCGCGAAGCAUCGUCAUCAUGGCCACGUUGGGCGACGCCGACAAGUCGGACGCGUCCGUGCUUCGCAUCAUUCUCAGUCUCUUGGGACUGCCUCAUCUUCGGGGGCACAUUGUCGCAGAAGUGCGCGACAUCGACAACGAACCGCUGAUUGCGCUCGUUGGUGGCGGCAUCGUCGAAACGUUGGUCUCGCACGAUGUCAUCGGUCGUCUUGUGAUCAUGUCGGCGCGGUCUCCUGGCCUUGCCAAAGUGUUCAGCGCGGUCCUCGGGUUUGAUGGCAACGAAUUCUACAUUAGCGAAUGGCCCGGUUGUGUAGGGGUGCCGUUUGGGCAACUGCCCGAGCGGUUCAAGGCGGCCGUGCCCAUCGGCAUCGAAACGACGGACGGCGACGUGGAAAUCAAACCAGACCCGGAGCGACCGAUGGAGGCAGGGGAAAGUAUCAUCUUUCUGGCCGAAGAUAACGACACGUACAAAGCCGAGGAGACGGCGAUUGCGAUCCCUACCACCGCCGCGCACGCCCUCGUCACAACAGAGCGCCAGCUGGAGAAAAUCCUCAUGUGUGGGUGGCGUCGAGACAUUCGCGACAUGAUCAAGCUCUUGGACGACUUGGUGCUACAGGGCUCGGAAGUCCACUUGUUGUGUGAGGACCCUCCGAUUGAAGAGCGCGACAAGCAGCUCGUGGAAAGCGGCAUGGAUUUGAGCUCCCUCGUCAACAUCGAGCUCAUUCACCAGUUUGGCAACUCGGCCAUCCGCCGGCACGUGGACCAGCUGCCGUUGGAAGACUACACCAGCGUCAUGGUGCUCGGCGACCAGUCGCGGGAAAUGGACAUUUUGCACUCCGACUCGCAUUCCCUCAGCACGGUGUUGCUGCUCCGAGGCCUCCAAGCUGCCCGGAAACGGCGGGCGCGGCGCCGCCUCUUUGCCGAAACGAUUGACAACGCCAUCACAAAAUGGAUCGGCAACAAGGACGACCACAUCUCCCAGUGCCCGUGCAUCACGGAAAUCCUCGACCCGCGAACCCAAAAGACCAUUUCCAGCAACCGGACAAUUGCUAGCCACUCCGAGUUCAUCCAGUCCAACGAACUCGUGAGCUGCAUGUUGGCCAUGAUCUCGGAAAGCCGAAAAGUAAAAAAGAUCCUCAACGAACUGCUCGGGGCGACGGGGUGUUCGUUCCAAGUUGAGCCUAGCGUCCGGUACUGCGACCCCACCGAGUCACUCAGUUUUUUUCAAGUCGCCAAGCGAGCACUCGUGCAUGACGAAGUGCUUUGCGGGUACCAGUCCCGCGUCGCGUCCGACAGCACGGUGCUCAAUCCGCCGGACAAGGAAGCUCAAAGGACGUGGAAGGACAUUGACUUUGUCAUCAUUCGCGGCCAUCGUGAGCGAGACGUUGCGAACGAGAAAAUGGUCGACGACGGCGCGGCAGCGUUUCAGGAUGCGGCGCGCCAUCGCCAUGUGACGGACCUGUUGGAGAAGAACGAAAUCGACCAAGUGCAAGAAGAUGUCGGCAAGACGCUGCAGUUCGGCCUCACGAGUGCCGACAAUCGGGUCGUGGAAGUGACCAAGGAAGUGCUCCAACGACUGUCGGCAAAGCUGUCGGUCAUUCUAAAAGAAUGCGAACAACACAAGGUGGCCUAACCAGUUGCUAGUUGUUGGAUGGUUCUUGGGGGUCUUUUAUAAUGAAAGCAAGGUUUAUUCCAACUACGUUGUGUCAUGUAAACGCCAAGACGAUGGGGGUGACGAUGGCGGCUGCAAUGGCAACCGCGAGGGCCGUGAUCAACGCCCUCUUUUUGAUGUUUUCCCACUUGAGGUACGCCGCCUGCUCUUCGGCGGAAACCG